AGAAAUUAUAAAUUAUUAUUUUUAUUACAGAUGAACUACAUCCUGUAUCAGAAUUUAGUCGUCAUGCACUUGUGAAACCUAAGAUAUACCAUGGACGAGAAAAAAGACAAAUUUCGUCGACUAAAGAAAAGACUGGAGAACACACCGAUCGUCUACAAAUCACGUUGGAUGUAGAUGGAGAAGAAAUGAUUUUAGAUUUGACGAUAAAUAAAAAUUUGAUUCCUGAAGGAUUUUUUCAUAAGCAUCAAGUGAAUGGAGAAUAUAUAGUGCAACGACCCAAUUUGCAGGAAGCAAAUAUUUGUGAUUAUAAUGGCAAAGUGCGCGGCAAACCAAAUUCUUGGGUAGCAGUGUCAACUUGCGAUGGUUUAUCCGGUGUUAUCUUUGAUGGAAACGAAAUACACUAUAUUGAAAAAGGAUCUGUUCAUGGAGAUGUUGAAUCGGAUCAUUAUUUAUACAAACAUUCUGAUUUAUUAAAACAUAACAAAACAUGCGGUUAUGCAGGCGAUGCCGUAGAUCCUGAGAAAAUCCAUAGUCAUAAAGAAAAUAGGAUAUUAAGGUACAAGAGAGAUACAGACCAACAAUUAGUCAGGGGACCCUAUAAUGCCAACAAAGAAUCCAAAUAUGUAGAAUUAGUUCUCGUAAUAGACAAUCAAGAAUACAAAGAACUGGGAGAAAGUACAACUAGAGUUGUAAAUCAUGCCAAAACCAUUGCCAACAUUAUAAACGGGCUGUACUCCCCGUUAAAUAUUUUUAUAGCUUUAGUAGGCGUAGUUAUAUGGAGUGAAAAUGAUGAGAUAAAUUUUUCCGCCAAUGGUGAUACGACGCUCACGAAUUUUUUGCAUUAUCGAAGAGAGAAGUUAAUCAGAAUUCAUCCCAAUGACAAUGCUCAAUUAUUAACCAAGUUUAAUUUUGAUAAUGGUGUAGUCGGCAAAGCUCUCAAAGGUCCGAUAUGUACCUACGAAUUUUCUGGCGGAGUAAAUACAGAUCAUUCACCUGUUGUUGGACUUGUUGCUACUACUGUUGCUCACGAAAUGGGACAUAAUUUCGGCAUGGAACACGAUACAACUGAAUGCGAAUGUCCAGAGGACCGUUGCAUAAUGGCUCCGAGUAGUUCAACUGUUGCCCCCAAACACUGGUCCUCUUGCAGUUUAAAUUAUCUAUUGCAAGCUUUUACUCAUGGAAUGGAUUAUUGCCUAAAAAAUAAGCCUAAAGCUCUCUACGACAGUCCCGUUUGCGGGAACGGAUUCGUGGAAUCUGGAGAACAAUGUGAUUGCGGUUUGGCAGAACACUGUGAUAAUUAUUGCUGUAACGCUACAACCUGUAUGUUGCACAGUAACGCUAGUUGUGCAACAGGCGAAUGCUGUGAUCUUACUACUUGCUUACCAAAGGCUGCAGGCAGUCUUUGCAGAUCUGCCGACUAUGAAUGUGAUUUACCUGAAUACUGUACAGGACAAUCCGAGUAUUGUCCGGAAAACAUUUAUAAAUUAGAUACCGAAGUGUGUGAUGAAGGAAAAGCGUACUGUUAUCGUGGUUUUUGCAGUACCAGGACCGACCAGUGCAAACUACUAUGGGGAGAAACAGGAAAAUCUAGUGACGAUCAGUGUUACAUGAUGAACACAAAGGGUACAAGGCAUGGAAACUGCGGAUAUGAUAAAUUGACUCAAAGUUAUUUCAAAUGCGAAAAUGAGAGCAUUUUAUGUGGAAUGUUACACUGUAAACAUUUGAACGAGCGAUUGGAAUUUGGUAUGGAAUCGGUUGCAAUUUUAUCGCACACAUUCAUCAAUAAGAAAGGUGCAAUAAUUCCUUGCAGGACGGCGAUAGUUGAUUUAGGAAUAAAUCAAGUGGAUCCAGGUCUGACACCUGACGGUGCCCUAUGUGGAAAAGGAAAAAUGUGCGUGAAUCAGAAAUGUAUGUCCGUCUCAAGUUUAAGAAAGCAAGGACCUCAUUGCGUUGACGAUUGCAAUGGUAAUGGUUGGUGCAACAAUAAAGGAAAUUGUCAUUGCAGAGAUGGUUUUGCUCCUCCAAAUUGUGAUUAUCCUGGCCCGGGCGGUUCUUUGGAUAGCGGUCCUGCUGCAGAUCCAAAUGCACGACAAGGAGUAAUUGCUGCAAUGUUUAUUAUCUUCUUGGGAGUAGUGCCGUUGUUGGCGAUCGUCGCAUUUUUAACAUAUUACGCCAGACACAAUCUCAAAUUUGGCACCAACAAAUCUACAACUUCAACGUCAAAAUCGCCAAACAAAUCUAGAGGACCAUCUUUCCCUUCAGAAACUGCGAAAAGAACAGAAGACAACCAUUCACUUCUUCGAGAAGAAACACCACCUCCUGGAGGUUUUAUUGUGUUGUCAAAUAAUUUUUUCGGCAAUUUUAAAGGAUUUUCAAUAAGUCCAUUAAAGAAUUCAGAACCCCAACCUGUCAGAAGUGCCCCACCUCCGCCUGCAGCAAAACAAACUAAAAAAAUAUCACAUUCGCUUCCCAAAGAAACAGUUUCUACUAGUGAAAAACCUGUUCCGAUAAGGACUGCGCCUUUAGCCCCCCCAAAGCAAGGACUUUUUAGUAACUCUAUUCAAAAAUACAACUCUUUUCGAAAAAAUACUCUUUCAGCAGGAGUGUCUACUGCUGAUAAUGUAUCCACAGCUCCAGCUUUACCGCCGCCCAAUCCUGGAAGCAACGCUAGACCAAUUAUAUCUUCUCCUGUGUUAGAAAAUUCCACUUGUACUGCCAAAGAACUUGUAUCGCCUUUAAAAAAUGCACCGAAAGUUCCAAUUAGAAGUGCGCCUCAAGCUCCCGCUUACAUCGAAUUUAACAGGCCCUUAUCUACUCCGAACGCUGUUUCAAAUAUCGUUCUUAGUGUUAACGUUUCAGAAGAACCGAAACGUCCAAAAGAAAGUGUUAGCACUAGCACUUUAAAUAGAAUCGCGUCGUUUCUUAAAUCAACUGAUAAAAAACCGACAGUUGUUCCAAAACCAAGUCAAGUAAAAGCAAAUAAAGCGAAGAACAAGGAAGCAUUGCGAAAUAUUGAAAUUUCCAAUCCCAUACCACAAACUCAUAUUGAAAUAGCCGUAACCGCUCUACCCGUCGAAAAGGAUACUACCAAAAAUGUGGUUAUGAGAGCGCAGAGUAUGCGUGCUUCUAAAACUGAAAGACCACAAAUACAAACUUUUGGUUCAAUGCGACAACCAAUCGGUUUCAAGAGACCACUAAGUAUUCCAUCCGGAAUUCGUCCUAAAAGUCCACCACCACCUCGUCCACCUCUGGAAGUACCCAAGGAGGAAGAAAAAGAUAAAUCCAGUGAAUCUGAUCAGUACGAAGAUUGUAUAAAUGAGGAAGCGCCACUUGCUAUCAGCGAAACCAGCACUCCCAGUGGAGACAAUAUCUAUGCAGUAAUAGAAGAAACUCCAACGAAUUCUCUAUCUCCUGAAAAACCGAAACCAAUUAAUUCGGGAUCAAGCGAGAGCAUGGGUUUAUUGGGAGAGAUAGUUACCGAGAUUCAAAAUCGUAAUUUCGAUUCCAUUUAUUCAACUUCUACAUUAGCUAGAAAAAAAAAGGAAGCUGAUGAGAGAGGGAAAGCUUUGUCUCCAGAUUCUUCGCAAACCUAUGUUAAUACUGCAUCCUUGCAAUAUUCAGAUAGUGAAUAUAGCAAUAUGGGCGGUAAUAUUAAAUCUAGUGCUAGUUCCACAUCCAGCGGCUACAUUUUACCUUCAGCUGUUAACGUUCCUGUAAAGCAAGAACCGAAAGCAGAAGAAAAUAUUAAACCAAAUUUAAGUACGUUUAAGGGUGAUGCCAAAGCGUCGCAGGUAACUAAACCACUAUCUUCUGGAUUUAAACCGAGCCAAUCCAAUUUAAAGAAAGUUGAAACGUCCCCUGAGCGGACAAAUAACAAAACGAAAAUAUCAUCAUCGCCUCCAAAAAAUAUAAGUAGGCAAAUAACACCACCCAAUUUGAGAACAAGAAAACCAUCGCCAACAAGAUCUGUAACACCUGUACAAAAAUCUAAUAGGUCUGUAACGAAUAGUCCCGAUUUAGUAACAAGUUGUAACAAUGCAAAUACUGUUUCAAAACCUCCUGACGUGCUUGGAGGAAGUUCAGUAAAUAAGAAACCUUCCAUCACGAGUGCUAAGCCUAUUGUACCCCUACCUAAAGCUAACAACUUGAAGAAUAAUCCCAAAUCCGUAAGUUUUAAAUCUUUGCAGGACAAAAAGAGUGAUACGAAACCGACGGUAGCUAGUAAACUGAUUAAAACGAAUUCCGAAGUUGGUACUAUUAACGCAAAAACCCCAAUUGGUGUUAGAAACGCAGCUAGAUCAAAUUCGAAUGUUGCGACGUUACAGCAAAAAUUCGAAACGAAGACAAAUGCUAGUUGA